AUGCUACCUCGUACAACAAUAACACGCUCGUUAAAGGCUCCAUCCGGUGUUUUAUCAGCAAGAUGGUACACUGCGGGCUCAACAGGUGCACCCAGAGGUGGGAGCAAUGAGGACUCGUUUACUAAGAGGGAAAAGGCCAAUGAAGACUACUACAUAAAACAGCACGAGAAGGAACAACUACGCAACUUACGGCAGCAGCUGGAACAAAACCGCAAACAGAUUGAAAACCUGGAGGGCCAGAUUGCCGAACUGAAAAAAUGA